GCUAGGUAGGUGCUUGCCUUUGCCAUUGGCAUUGGCUUCAAUGCAGAUAGACAGGUCCAGGUCCUCCAUUCCCCUACCGCCACACCUAGUCACACUUUCUUUCACUCUCAGAAGAAACAUGCUGAGCAGCUGAGAGCUGGAUUCCUGGAGGCUCUCAAGUAAAAGCUUCAUUGCACCUUGUUGUAUGUCAAGUGUGCGGUGACUUAUCACCUACACCAGCGGUCAAAAAGAAAAUCCAAAAAGGCAUCUUCAGAAGGGCUAAUACGCAAAGGGCACGUCCAUGGCCCUGGAGGUACAAAGGCCUGUGCCCCACCCCAUCUAUCUAAAUGUGUAUGAUCUGACUCCGGCGAAUGGGUACUUCUACUGGCUGGGCCUGGGCAUCUAUCACAGCGGUCUGGAAGCACAUGGGACAGAGUACGCAUACGGGGCGCACGACUACCCCACAAGCGGCGUGUUUGAGGUUGAGCCCAAAAAUACCCCCGGGUUUGUAUUUCGGGAAAGUAUUGAGAUGGGCACAACGAGCAUGACACCCCGUGAGUUUCGGGGGUUCAUCGAGGCGGCGGCGGACGAGUACACGGGGGAUAGCUACCACUUGAUAGUAAAGAACUGUAACCAUUUCACAGAUGACAUGUGUUACCGGAUGACGGGGAGGCGGAUACCUGGGUGGAUCAAUCGGUUGGCGCAUAUAGGCUGGAUCUUCAACUGCCUGCUCCCCGAGAGCCUCCAGGUCACCGCCGCGCAGCAAGAGUACCGCCCCGUCCAACAAAACACGUACACCAAACUCCCAAAACCCCAGGCGCAACGACCGCGGCCGCCCCCCGAAACGGCCCCUGCCUGGGCCGUCCCGAGCGCCCGGGAGGGAUCCCCCGGCGAUGACGUCAGCGGCGCAACGUCAGCGGCGCCCAUGUCGGUUCCCGGCCUGAGGCGGGCGCAGGCGGGGUUGUUGGACCCGAGCCUACCGCAGCUGCCGUCUUUGUUGAGCUACCGGUGGAAAAUGGACGCAGACGGUCUUCGGCCUCAGUCAGUCAACCGUCCGAGUGACAGCGAACGGUUACUUCCUACAGAUGCGAGUGUGCCACAGAAGGACAGAAUACUUGACACAAGGCGGUUACGAGACGGUGGAACUUGACCCCAGCUUGUGUGCUCGACUGAGUUUGUGAUUGUGUUGUAUUUGGUCAAUGCAUGGCUAGAUAUGCAACUGUAAUGAAGUGCACUGACUAUCAACGUUCCCGUUAAUAGUACAGGCUUCGGAUUGUGCAUAAGUCAAAGCUUGCGGUGAUGAUCGAAGUUGCAGUGCG